UUUGGAUGUUUUUAUUCUCCCUCAGAUUUCUCAGAAACCUGUGAAAGCAGCUCUGGCUCCAUGUCUGUGUCUCGCUGUCAGCUCUUUGAGGCUGGUUUUUCAGCUGAUGUCUUACACCUCAAUGAUCCCAACUGCAAAGGAACAGUCAGGAAUGGCAGAGUAAAAUUCCAUUUUGAUAACAAUGAACACAUCUGUGGAACAAAUCUUCUGGCCAACGGCACCCACUUCAUCUAUAGUAACUUUAUUCUGGGGACACCGAGGUCAGAAGGUCUCAUCAGCAGAGAGAAAAUCCUCAAGCUUCCUUUCAGCUGUGUUUAUCCUCAAACACAAACACUUUCCAUGAAUGUGGAAAUCAACCCACUGGAGAGCAUUGUGCACAGGACUCUUCCCGCUGGAGAAGGCAGAUAUCAGGUGCGGAUGAUUCCAUAUGAGGAUGAUGAGUUUACUCGGCCCUUCACUGGUAGAGUGGAUGCAGAGCUCGACCAGAAGAUGAAUGUGGAAGUUCGUGUCGAGGGGGUUGACAGCCGUCAGUUUGCUCUGGUGAUGGACACGUGUUGGGCUACACCUGUGAAUGAUCCUGACUACAGUCUCCGCUGGGAUCUUAUCAUCACAGAGUGCCCCAAUCCAAAUGAUGACACAGUGGAGCUGCUGCAGAACGGCGUCUCGACAUCCAGCCGUUUCUCCUUCAGGAUGUUCAUCUUCACUGCAAACUCCACUAAGCUUUACCUGCACUGCACUGUUCACCUGUGCCUUCUUUCAAGCAAUCGCUGCUCAACGGACUGUAACUCUGGACACCAGCGGAGAGAGCGCAGGUCUCUGGACUUCCAUGACAGUGCUUCCAUAUCCCUGGGUCCUCUGAUGUUGUCUGAAGGCAACACAGAUAAGUGGGUCCAAGGGCAAGUGAAGGCAUCUGAGGCUUCUUCUCUGUGUGCUUCUCUGAUGCUGUUACUUGUUCCUCUGAUGAGUGUCUUGACCCUCUUUUAGUAUUUUCUACAAGAAACAUGUAGCGUUUUACAUGCAUAUUGUCCUGUACCAUGUUAAUGAAUGUGGCCACACUGGUUGUGGGUUUCUAAAAGUUUAAUAGAAUUUUGUGUGGCCUUUGUUUGUUUAUU